AUGAAACGCACCUGCAGCGCAAGACGUGCUGCUGUGGUCUGCCGUUCCACAGCGGCGGUAGCGCAGGGUUCCAGCACGCGCAGCCUGCACAGCGCCCAGCCCACGCAAAGCGGCCACCGCGCUAUCCCCCCGCACCACGUGCACGGACCCACUUGCCCCUGCUCGGCCGCACACAACCCCCAGUACUUUUAUCGAGGGCUGCUGGGCGCAGAGGGGGCCGAGGCCCGCGCUUCCCUGACUCGCCCGGGUGUGCGCUUCGCCAGACGCACCCAGUCCACACCCACCACCCAUGCUCGCCUCUCCUCCUCCGCCGCCACCGGUGGCCUGAGCCGCAGCGGCCCGAAGGAGAGCGAAGCCGACUAUGCGUUCGAGAUGGCCGGGUCCAACAUCAGGUUCGGCGUCGGCGCCACGCGCGAGGUGGGCCUCGACCUCGUCGACAUGGGCGCCCGGCACGUGUGCGUGUUCACCGACUCAACGCUCAAGGACCUCGCGCCCGUCAUCACCGUCCUCCAAUCCCUUCAGGACGCCAAGGUGAACUUUGUGUUGUAUGACAAGGUCAAGGUCGAGCCGACGGACGCAUCGUUCAAGCACGCCAUCGAGUUUGUGACGCAGACGGCCCGUAAGGUGACGCCCACCGGCCAUUUCGACGCAUUCGUGGCGGUGGGCGGCGGGAGUGUGAUCGACACGUGCAAGGCGGCCAACCUCUACGCCACCUACCCGCCGGAGGACUUCUUCGACUAUGUCAACCCGCCAGUAGGCAAGGGCAAGCCGCCGCCGGGCGCGUUGAAGCCGCUCAUCGCCAUCCCCACGACGGCGGGCACCGGCAGCGAGGCCACGGGCGUGGCGAUCUUCGACCACGUCGAACGCAACUCCAAGACGGGCAUCGCCCACCGACGGCUCAAGCCCACCCUCGGCAUCGUCGACCCCGAGAACACCAAGUCUAUGCCUCCGCAGGUGGCGGCGGCGUCUGGGUUCGAUGUGUUGUGCCACGCGCUGGAGUCGUACACGGCGAUCCCCUACGACCAACGGACCCCGCGUCCGGCCACUCCCCUCCUGCGCCCGGCCUACCAGGGCUCCAACCCCAUCGCUGACGUGUGGUCGCUGAAGUCGCUGGAGAUGCUGGCCAAGUACUUUGUCCGGUCGGUGGAGAACCGGGACGACACCGAGGCCCGCGCCCAGAUGGCCCUGGCGGCCACCUACGCCGGCAUCGGCUUUGGCAGCGCUGGCGUCCACCUUUGCCACGGGAUGAGCUAUCCGGUCUCCUCGCUGGCGCAUCACAUGACCUACAAGCCUAAGGACUACAACGUCGACUCGCCCAUGAUCCCGCACGGCAUGUCGGUCGUGUUGCACGCCCCGGCCGUCUUCCGCUUCACCGCGUCGGCUAAUCCCGAUCGCCACAAGCAAGUCGCUGCGCUCUUGGGCGCCAAGGACAUCGAGAACGUGCGCGAUAGCGACGCGGGCCCGGUGCUCGCGGACCGGAUCAUCGAGCUCAUGAAGAGGCUCGACAUCCCCAACGGCCUGCAGGCUCUGGGCUUCUCCUCCAACGACAUCGACGCACUUGUCGAGGGCGCCCUCCCGCAGCAUAGGCACGACUCGCACACGCACCACCGCACACGCACACACGCACGACUGCACACCUUCACCUACGCUCACAUCGAUGGCGACAGGGUGCUGAAGCUGGCGCCAGUACCGACAGGCCAGGAGGAGUUGGCCAAGCUCUUCCAGCAAUCCAUGCAGAUCUGGUGA